AUGGAUUCCACUGAACCCUCGUGUUCAUCUCACAAUUUUCAACCAAAUGACUUGAUUUGGGCAAAAAUGAAGGGCUUUCCCCCGUGGCCCGCUAAAGUAUUAGAGAGAAGUGAAGACACACCAGCACGGCGGAUUCCAGUAAUGUUCUUCGGAACUUUGGAGACUUCUUUCAUGAAACCAACAGAUCUUUCCGAUUAUUUAUCGAAUCAAUCGAUUCAUGAGAUUCCCCGAAAACAGAAAGAUUUCAAUAAAGCUGUUCAAGAGAUCCGGAAAGCAGCAGGUCUACAGACAGAUUCAGAUGAAAUCAAUUUUCCCACAAUAGAGAGAAAAAGUCCGCCAAGUUCACCGACAAGCGGAAGGAAACGACAGACUAGUGGACGGUUUUUGGAUGCAAUCAUGGCGGGUCCGGAUCCAAGUAAAAUGAGGGGACAGCGGUCUGGCAGCGCUUCAACGAAAACUCGUUCCCGUGCCUCCAGUAACGCGUCUGCAUCCAAGUUCCUUCGUGAUAUGAUGAGAAAAGAGAGGCAUCGUAUGAACAGUGAAAGCUCUCACGGCUCGAAAAAGAAGCUUCUAAGCAACGCGUUGCUUGGCGGCGCUCCCUCGACAUCGGAAGCUUUCCCAGAUUACGCGGACUCCACAGAUUUCAACGCUCUCUUCGGUGAAGCAAUUUUCGGAAAUUUCGAGUUGAACGACGACGCGAAAUCAUGGAAAUCUAGAAGAUCACGAAACAGUUCGAAAGUUUUCGAUUUUGAUUUAUUGGGAAGAUCUAGAAAUCGAUCGGGAAGCGCAUCUGGAAGACGAUCUCGUAUGAUAUCUCUUUCUGGAUUCUCCGGAGUCUCUGAUAUGUUCGAUGAAAUAUUCAAUAAUCCUGGAGACUUGGAGAGUCAUGCAGAUCAGUUAAUGCUAACACUCAAUAAUAUGCCAUCUGAUGGCUCAAUAGACCGCCCGUUGAGCCCAGAAAUGCUCAAUUUGAAUCCAAUGCUGCAACCCGCAGUCGAAUUCUGUGACACUUGUGGGUUUGAAUGUCGCAUAGUAAACGGAAUCUGGAAGUGUCUCGCAGCACAUUGUGGUGUUAUAAAAACUCAAGGCGGCGCCACAAUGAACGCUGUUCGUGAAAUGCUCGACGAACCUCUGCGUAUACCGAAACUUGAAAUUAAAACAGAGUGUCUCAGUGAUAAUAGUGCGGAGAAAGUGAACUUGUUACCGGCGAAACGAGCUCGGAAACCGAAACGAAACUCUGACGAUGAUGAUUCGGAUGACGAGGAGGCUUCGAGACGGAAAGCUCUAAUGUUGAAGAAAAAGAAAAGAGUUCAGGUUCUCUCCCCUCGUUCCCGAACCACCAGCCCCGUGCCUCAAAACAUUUCCACGUCAUCCGGUCUCCUUGGGCGCUCCAACUCACCCACUUCCAGCUCCCUCCGCAUCCGCGAUCGUGCUCGUCCAAAACACUACAAAGUAGAAAAGACACCCCCAAUCUCCGAGAGUGGACAUCGACACUGCGUAAAUUGUAAUGGACAAGUGCGGCCGCAAAUGUGUGGUGGUAAUCGGCAUAGAUGGCGUUGUGUUGACAAAAAGUGUCGUAAAUGGUACGGAUGGGUUCGUUCCCACGAAGAAAUACCAAAAAACACGGGAAGAAAGAAGAUGGCCACAUUCAAAUCACCCAUAACAAAGCCCAUGAAACCUCUAAAACCCAAAAAAGAAGAAGACGAAGACACGUAUCCAUUGAAACGAAAAGUCGGUCGUCCCUCAAAAAACGAUAUUAAAAUCCGUCUGAGAGUCCAAAAGGAGAUGGAGGAGAAGCAAGCGGCGGCGAAUGCGGCGAGAGCAGCUGAAAUGGCAACGAAUGCAUCGGUUGCUGCUGCGAACGCUGAUUCGACGACGCCUCAGCAACAACAGCGACGGAAAUAUACGAAAAGGAAGAAGGAUGGAUUAGGUGGAGUCACUGGGAGCAAGAGGGAUUUCAGUCCGUUUGAUGAGGAUGUCAAGAAUCGACCAACUUCACCGCUAUCCGACCUUGCCGCCUCGUACCGCCCGUCUGCAAUGGAGAAGCGUGCGAGAUGGUGGACAGGAGAGAAGCGAAGAGUCGAUGCAUCUCCUGAACGAGAUUUGGGAGUUACGCCAGCCGAUUCGGCAGCGGCGUUUCGUAUGAUCUCUCAAGCUACAAGAGCGGCUGCUGUCACAAGAGCUGAUGAAGUCGGCACAAUCAACGGAUCUCUCGACUUGCUCAUGGACUCACUCCUCGGUUCAAUGGGACCACUUCUAGCUACUCUAACACAACUCCCCGCUUUUCGAGAGGACAAUCCACUCGCCCUACAGUUUAUGAACGCCUCAGCUGUCCAUAUUCCGACAUUCCAAUAA